UUACACGAGGGGCAACCAUUAUAUUAUAUUAUUAUUAGUGUUUAUUUUUUAAUUUAAAUUUGGAAGAAGAUGCUCAUCCAAGUUUGGUAGAUCUCUCUGGUAAACAACCUUCUCUGUUUCUGUGGGUUAUAACGCCUGUUUCUGUGAGUUAUAUUAGGAAAUUUUAAUUAUCUUUAGGAAAAACUUUAUAUCGCAGGAAAAUAACUUUAUAUCUUAAAAAAAAUAUGUGCAGAAAACUUACAUAAGAAAAUUAUAUAAAAGAAAGGUAAGAUACAGAAAGGCUUUAAAUUUCGAAUAUUUUGCCUCUCACAGCUGUGUCCUGGGUAAAAUCCCAAGGUCAAUAUAUGAAAAGAGACAGUGUUGUAACUCUACUGGACUUUGCACUGGCUUUCUCUGGGUACUCCUGCACUAACACUGAACUAGGAAAUUUAGCACAGAGACUAGAUUGACAGGCCAAACGGUUAGUAAAGAGACAUUGGUAUACACGGAGAAUGAUUGUUCAACACAACACCUUAAGAGAACAAUACCAGAACUAGCAGAAGCAGCUAAAUGGCCAACCCGUCGACAUCCUUAGUAGUGGCGCUGGUAGUAGUUGUGGCUGUGUUGGGGUACCGUAAUUUACAGCUGCGUCGUGUUUUGCCGCAUGUUGGAGACCAGAUGAAGAAGAAAAUGGACCUCAUGGACCUGGAGCUUGGACCAUGUAAGGAAUCCCAGGAGAUAUUGCUCAAGCGACAGAGAGAGAGACAAAGUGAUCUGGAGAAGGUACAAGGCUCACAGAUAGCUUACAGAUGGAAGAUGCACGCAGUGAGGCAGACACCAAAGGAAACAUUCGUUCAUUUGAGAAGAGAUAUAAAGAACGUGAAGGAGAAAACAAAACUCCUAGAGGAUAAACUAAACCAAAUUAUGCUUAAACUUCUGACAAAACCAACAAGUAAGAUGCCAGUUAAACCUGAAGCCUCAAGUAAGAUACCAGUUAAACCUGAAGCCUCAAGUAAGAUACCAAUUAAACCUGAAGCUUUAAGCAAGAUACCAGUUAAACCUGAAGUCUCAAGUAAGAUACCAGUCAAACCUGAAGCCUCAAGUAAGAUACCAGUUAAACCUGAAGCUUUAAGCAAGAUACCAGUUAAACCUGAAGCUUCAAGUAAGAUACCAGUUAAACCUGAAGCCUUAAGUAAGAUACCAGUUAAACCUUAAACCUCAACUUAAUAUUAUUCCUAAAAAAAUGCAGUAAGGCUACUCUCACUCAUUGUUCUCAUACGUUGUAGAUUUUUUUCUUCAGGAGCAACACCACUUCUAAGAACAUAAGUCUACACGCACUCUUAAUACAACGCCUGCCUCUAUUUUACAUUGUUGAUAGUGUAGUGGUAUUACGUGGUGGGAGUAGCGGCGAUAAGUAACGGUAGUGGCCACUAUUUUGAGGAAAUGUAACGAAACAAUUAACGGAGGAGUUAAAUGUUCGAGGAAAUGCGAGUGCUGACACGCUUAACUUGUCCACUUCUGCUAGUUUAUGGUCAUGCGAUCGCCUGUGUGUCUGUGUCCUUGUAUUGAUCGCCUGUGUGUCUGUGUCCUUGUAUUGAUCGCCUGUGUGUCUGUGUCCUUGUAUUGAUCGC